CUUUUACAAUAUUACGUUACCUCGCCAAAUGACACAUGCGCGAUAACCUACAAUUUGGCUGCAGCCAUUUAUGUUGAUCGCAUUUUCGAAGACUAGAAACGAUAUAAUUCGCAGUAUGACUGACUCCAUGAACUUUGGUCCAGAUUGGAUCCGCAACCUUUCUUCGGAAGGCAGCACUGGAGGAGGAACCAGUGGUGGCUCCAGAUAUCAGUUAGCUGAUUUUCGGUACGGGCGGGAGGAGAUGUUAGCUCUGUUUGACCGGAACAUAAAACCUCCUGCUUACCUUGUCAAUUUUAAACGUCUGUAUUCAGAGACAACCUUGCCACCACUGGCUUUAUUGCCACCAACUGAUGAGGAAAGAGGAAAUUGGCAGGGUGGUCGUCCAUCGACAUUGGGUGGCCCUCCUCGUGGCAGAGGCGGCUCUAUGGAACGGGGAGGACGUCCAGGCCGUGGAAGAGGAGGUUACCAGUCGUAUGGGAACCGGUCUCAAUAUGAAAGUGGUUGGGGAAAUGGGGAGCCCUCGGAUUGGAGUCCGAGAAAGGACUACCCUUCACGGCCUGUCUCAAUGGAUAAUUGGCGACGCGCCAGAAACCAUGAGGAAGAUGAUGGAUGGAGAAUGUCAACUAGUGGAAGAGGGAUGAAUGAUAAGUGGGGCCGGCAAUCAAGUUGGAGGGGUGAGGGUGAAGAUGAAAGAACCGGCCCUCCAGAAAGAGGCGGUAGAACUGGUUGGCAAGAGGUUACCCGCGGUGGUACAACCUCGAGAAAGUCUUGGGAUGAGGAUCACUUGCCGGAAUGGGUAAAUGAGCAUCCAUUGGAAAGUGGUGGCUCAUUCGACGAUCGAGGAGCUUUCCAUGGUUCUGAUGAUGAACAGGAGGGACGAUUAGGUGGGCCGAAACGGGACGGCCUGCAAAAGUCAACAUCCCAGCAACACAUUUCUCAUAAAUCCCAUCCGCCGUUGCUUACCUCGAAGUCUACGAUGUCCCUAGUGAAGGACAUUGAAGUGGAACCUGAUAAUGAGCAAAUUCAUCAGGACGGUCGGUAUUUACGACCAAAUCCAAAUACGAACCCUUUUUUGAAUAUGAUGAUUGAGCAAGAUAAUGGCCUACAUAGUAAUUCAGAAAGCUCAUCUAAGGAACCGCCUACGGGAAAUAAAGAAAGGAAAUUGUCUGUUCCUGAGGCAAUGGAUCAGGCGCCGAAGGAAAUUGCCAAUAAUCGAGAUCGGGCUAAAUCUGAGGGACCGCAAAAAAGUUGUGAUGUUCAAUUCAAGCAUCAGUUGGAAGAAAAAGUUAAAGAAAAUGAAUUUGAAAAACUCCAAGAAGACUUUGUGUCCAAAUUGGUGGUUGAUGAAGAACCGCCUAAACAGAAUAGUCAGCAGCAAAAUAAUAUCGACAUGUCGAACUUGGCACCAUCACAAAAUUUGCCCGUUCCAGGCCAAGAUAAGUGGUUUUACCAGGAUCCGCAAGGACAGAUGCAAGGACCUUUUACAAACAUUGAAAUGUCUGAAUGGUUUAUGGCGGGGUAUUUUGGUCACGAUCUGAAAGUUCGACGCCAGUGUGACGAACGAUUCUUUCUACUCGGCGAGCUAAUUGCUAUGUGUAACUCUAAUCCAUUCCAGACAAACGUACAAUUUCCGGUGUUGAAAAAUGACAUAUCAAAAAUGCCUGAUCACGACCUACAAUUCCAGUACCUGCCCCAAAUUGAAGCCUACAAACAAGCACAGGCCCGUGUUUUGGCUGACCCGUGGAGUGCCAUCGCCGUUCAACAACAGGAACUGGCUGCUCAAAGACUGAUUAUGCAACAGCAGCAAGUUCAACAAGACAUUCAGUAUUUACAGCGACAACCGCCGCCGUCGAACCCUUUUAUGCAUAUGAUAAGUCAAAUGCAGCAGGCAAAUAAAUUGCCACCAACUGGUCUGAUGGAUAAACAUCCUCCAAACAUACCAGGCGGUGCAAUUAAUCCACAUUUACACAUGCAUAUGUCCAAUUUCUUGUCAAUGCAGAGCCGAUUACCUGGUGGAGUGCCCAGCCAAUUAACCGGUGGUUUGCCUGCAGGCAUUCCAGGUCAAUUGGGCCCAAAUAAUAUGGCUGCAAAUUUAUCUGCUCUACCUAGAGCAAAUAUGGUUCCAGCUGGAAUGCCUUUACAAGGCGGGUUAUCGAGUGGUAUGGGUUUAAAUGUCCCGACAGCUUCGGCAGUGGAACACAAUGUGAAUCAAAAUAGUGAUCCUAUCACCAAGUUAUUGAAACAGCUGCAUCAAGAGACGCAACAGCAACAGCAUUUGGUUGAGUCCCUCUGGCAACAAAAUCAAUUUGGUGUACCCAAUUCUAACCCUACGCCGCAACAGUGGCCUGGAGCAGCUCAACCUGAAAUGCCAUUAUCUAUGUGGGAUGUUCAACAACCAUCUCAAACAUCUAGUCCUCCUGAAAAAUCACCUGCUGACUUGACUCAAAUGAAAGAAAAUGGGGAGUUGCCUAUAGUGGAGAAGGAAAAACCAAAAAAGACUGACAAGGCUAAAGAAAAUCGGCAAAAGGAUGAUGAGAAAGAAUUGAAAAAGAAAAAGAAAGCUGAAGAGGAACAACAGAAGAAGGAGGCUGAAGAAAAGCGAAAACAGGAGCAGAGGAAGAUAGAGAUUGAAAGGAAAGCGGAGGCGGAAAAGAAAAAGAAGGAAGAGGAAAAAAUAAAAAAAGAAUUAGAAAAAGCAAAGAAAGAAGCCGAAGAUAAGCGUUUAAAGGAACUGGAAGAGAAAAGGCGGUUGAAGGAACAAAGAAAAUUGGAGGAAGAAGCCAAGAAAAGGACAGAUGAAGAACGAAGGAAGCUAGAAGAAGACCGGAUGCAGCGUGAAAAGGAACAGAGGGAAAGAGAGGAGCGGCAACGGGUUGAAGAGCGGCGACAAGAACAAAUUUCUAUGGCAAAAGCAGCGCCAUGGUCUCAAGCCAAUUCUACAUUUGGCAUGAGUUUGACCGAAAUUCAGAAGGCUGAAAAGGAAAGAAAAGCCCAAGACGCGGUGUUACAAGCUCAGAAAGCUCAGAUGGAAAGAGAAUUGCAGCUUCAGCAACAGCAACAACAACUUGAAAAGUCAGGUGGCAUUCAAUUAGGUUGGGCUAAAAAAGCUAUGGAACCUAGGAAAGUGAAGUCAUUGGCCGAAAUUCAAGCUGAAGAGCAAGAGAGACUUAUUAAGGAAGCUGCGGAGGCUCGACUAAAAAAAGAAAAAGAAACGCGCGAUGCUGUGCCGAUUCAGCAAGUGAACUCUAUUUGGAGUGGUCAAAGUCUCCCAUGGGCCAAUUCUUCAUCUACCCAAUCGCAAUGGUCUUCCGCUACUAAUAUAAGCGGAUUUUGGGAUGAGCCUACCCAGAAACCGCAACCAAGCAAACCGUCCACAGUGUCAAAAAGUAGCUCUAUGUCGACCAUUAAUUCUAAACAGGUUCAACCUGCAAAGCAGUCACAAAAAAGCAAGUCAAAGAAAGAUGAUGAUGCACCAGCUAAUAGUAAAAAAAAUAGUAAUAGUAAUGGCCGCGAUGAUGACUUCACAACAUGGUGUUAUAAAGCCUUAUCAAAUAUUGACACCAGCGUUGAUAUCCCUACUUUUGUAUCAUUUUUACGAGAUAUUGAAUCAGCUUUUGAAGUCAGGGAGUAUUGUAAAGAGUACCUGGGCGAAGGCAACGCGACGCAGCAAUUCACCAAUAACUUUUUAGAAAAACGACGUUCCUUUAAACCAAAAAAUGCUCACAAGGAUGACAUGUGUUCACCCGCACCUGCUAUAACACCGUCUUUACACAAUACUAGUGAAUUUCAGGAGGUGAAGGGGAAAAACAAGAAAACCAAAAAAUCAAAAAUGCUUAAAGUAGACUCCCGUAUUCUUGGUUUCAACGUUACAUCGGCGUCUGACAGAAUCAACGUAGGUGAUCGUGACUACGGUGAUAAUUCUUAAAUUUGCUACUAAACGAUAGUUUACUGUUGAGAAUGUACCUUUACUAUUAUAUAUAUUAUAUAUGAUGAUUUAUAAGAUCGUUUUCUAGUUUAACAUAUUGCUUAUUUAUGUGUAAUACAAAUUUUUGUUUUAAACUUUCAAUGUUUAAAUACUAAUUUUUCAUUGUAUUAUUUAUAUUACUUGACUUUUAACAUUAUAUCGAUAUUCAAAAUUUCGCCAAAUUCAUCCAGUUAAAUACAUAAAUCAAUCAAUACGACUAGUAAAUGAUAGGUACUAAUACAAA